UUAUUUGGUCUGUUACUAUUUGCAAAUUGCAAAUCAGAAAUUCUGCCAUGGCACGACUGAUACUAAUAAGGGAGAGGACCAGUAUGAUGAUUUUUAUUGUUACAGAAACAGAAACCAAACACAACAUCUUUGACGAAAUAAGUCCACAUUAAUAUUAUACACAUUUCACGUGUUAAUCUGUUCGGAACGACACAUGACACCCCCCUGCUGCAGCCACAGACCACACUAUUGUCCAUCUCCCACAGAACAAUAAUAUCGCGGACGUGAACAAUCGGUUACGUAAAAAUGUCCCAUCGUGCAUUGCGCGAACGCUUCACAAAAAGCCCGACGAGAAGAGCGAGGAGGAGGAGGCUACCAGCCGAGAGGGGUAGCCGAUUCCCGGAGAGGAUUUUCUGUUCCCGUCGUCCCGAAUGAUCCAGUCGUGACGGCGCCGAAUGAAAGCGAAGAUAAAGGCAUCAUAAAACAUGAUGCUCGCCCCCAGAGAAGAUCUUCCGUCGGGCCUGUGAGUGUCGGCAGGUUUCCGACCGCCGCCUCUUCGGGGGAUUCUGCUGUCUGAGUCCGUCCUGACCCGCGACACCGCCAGGCGAUGACAGCGGCCACAGCCACAGCCACUCCGCAGGUGAUGAGAGACCGGCUGCUACAGGCCAUCGACGGCCAGAGCAAUCAGAUAUGCAACAUGGUGGCAGUUAUGGAGGUGAUCUCCUAUUUGGAGAAAUAUCCCAUCACCAAAGAGGCCCUGGAGGAAACCCGUCUCGGCAAGCUCAUCAACGACGUGCGGAAGAAAACCAAGAAUGAGGACCUUGCCAGACGGGCAAAGAAGCUCCUGCGCAACUGGCAGAAGCUAAUUGAGCCAGGGAAGGGUGAGGUGUCGUCCAAAGGACACACCGGUGCAUCGUGGUCUUCCAACGGUGGUGCACAUCCCUGCAUCUCCACUCCAGCUGCCACCACACCAUCAGGUAAAACAGGUCCGGAGUUGAAGAACAGAAAUGACUUCAACAACUACUCUUCCCCGAAGGUGGAAAAACUGAGCAACAGGAAACGUAAAUGUGACCAGAAGGAAGGGCAGCUAUUACCAGCCAAGAUAUCCAAAACGACCCUCAAUGAUAAAAUACAAAACUCCACACAGCUGCCAACCAAUGGAAUUGGUGGUAGCUCUGACAUUUUAGCAGACGCUUGUGCACAUCAGCCUUUAGACAGGGACAUUUCUGAGCCUUUGGACAGUGACAGGCUAAAUAAAAUCCCUGUAAAUGCUGUUAAACCUCAUCCAAGUGCCCCAGGAUACAGCAAGCCUCCUAGCACCUCUUCUUUGCUGAAAGCAUCAGUUCUGCAGCAGCAAGCCAGACAAGAGCAAGCUGCCUCUGGAGGGCAGUAUCGACCCAGAAGCCCACGUGGUUCCCUGCACAGUCCCCAAACUCCAAAGCAGGAAGCUGGUGUUAAAAAAAUGGCAUUGCAAGUACAGAGUCCUUCAAGCCUCACUGUGAGGCCUGGGUCUGUGGACACCUCUGGGUUGGGGUCUUCACCUCAGUCUUUCAGUGUUUCUGUUCAGGGUUUGCACACCGACGGUUCAUGGUCUGCAGAUUUGGACUCUAAAAGCAGGCUUCCCGACCCAUCUCUUCAUAACUCCGUAAUUGGGUGCAGUAAUGGCGUCAGUUUGGAUGAUGGUGGCGCUGUAAGCAAUAUGGGAAGAAGGAGAGGACAUAAAUACAAAACAAAGGACUAUGUGGUGAAGUUAGAUAACCAGGCAGUAGAAGAUGGCACUAAACCCGUCAGGUUAAAAGACAGGAGACUUACAUUUGACCCAGUAACAGGACAGAUCAAAUCUUCCUUUCACAAGGAGUCUUGCCAGGAGGGCGAGGUCAGACUGGACCUUAAGACUGAAUCCCAGUGGUCAGAACAGCCGAAGCAAAAUCCACCAGUUGGUCCCAGUCCCUUCCAGCAGACAGACUGGAAAGAGCUGUCGAGGAGUGACAUCAUCCAGUCGUACCUCAGCCAGCAAAGCAACGUGCUGACAUCGUCAGGCGCCCACACCCCUGGUGCACACUUUUUCAUGACAGAGUUCUUGAAAAAAGAGGAACACCAAAGUAAAGAUGCCAAGAAAACACACACAUUGGCACCAGAACUCCCAGCCAGGGUUUUACCUGGGAUUAGCAGAGACGUCAUCAGUGAAGACCUGGACAGAUUACACACACAACACUGGUCCGGGGUUAAUGGUUGCUACGACACAAAAGGUAAUUGGUUUGACUGGACGGACUGCAUCUCCUUAGACCCGCACGGAGAUGAGAGCAGGUUGAACAUCCUGCCGUACGUCUGUCUGGAUUAAAACUAAGUUCGGGUUUUUGGAUAGGAAGUUGUAAGCUGCCUUCAUCGUACAGCAUGUGUGAAGGCACUUCUAAGAGUAAGCUGCUGUUUUUGCACCGUACGUUGGUGAAAGUGGAGUCAAUAUGCUGCCUGCUUUUUUGGGGGGGGGGGGGCUGUGUGUGUGUGUGUGUGUGUGUGUGUGUAAAGCACAGAGGAUGUAAUCAGUGUUUUUUUAUGAGUUUUUGAACAUUGUGUGAGGACCGCACGAAGGAAAAAGGCUAUGCAUUAUCUGUCCUUUUUUAGUUGUCGGUGUUCAGUAACUGUACAGAUUAUGUUUCUAAUACCUGCCAUUGUUUGUAUGGGAGAGGGCGUCACGUUAAACUGCACAGCUACAUCUGAUUUGACUUGUUCUCCACAUGCCUCGUUUAAUGUGACUUCACUGAAUUUUUUUUUUCCACUCACGUUUAUACCACAACACAGUAUUUUAUUUUUUUUAUUUUUUUUUUUUUUAUUUAAAGUCAGUAAUAUUUUUAAAAAGGAACCUGUGACUCUCUUAACUUUAUCAACUUUUGGUGGAGAUUAAUAGGGUACAUAAUCAGAGCAGAUAUCCAACAUAUCCAUCUCCCAGUCAGGUUUUUGUCAAUAUUUGCUCAUGCAUCUCAAACAAGCCUGUGUAGAUGACAUGCUAUCCUUUUUCCCAUUGGUAUUAACAACUAUCAACUGUUGGUGCUGUGAAAAUAAUUUAUCAUUGCACCUUUUUUUUUUUUAGAAUCGCUGUUCCAUCAUCGCACAACUGUCUCGAGCAGCGACUUUAAGCAGAGAGGAAAAAGCUGACAAAUCAGUUUAAAAACAUUUGAAUAUUUUCUUGGUUGUGAGGUUUGAUCGCUGUUAAAUAAAGUGAUAUGAAACUGCCAGAUGUGACCGUGCAGGUUGAGGGGAGAGAGAGAGAGAGAACGCCUGCGACAAUGCACGCUUAUAAAGAAAUGUGGCUGUCAUGUAUGAUAUUUAAUUACAUUUUCGUAUUCAUUUUAAGAUUUUUAUAUGUGUACAGACUACACUAAAUCAUGUUUUGUUAGAUUUUUUUAUUCAGAAUUGGUUCAGCGAUGCAGCGGCUUUCUAAUGUUUUCCUGUUGAUGCAUCAGUCUACCUUAUACAGGAAAACUCAAAUGCCACAUUCUGAUAAUGUGAACUUAUUUUAUUUUAUACUUGCCUUUUCCCUUUACUGUGUAUUUAGGUUGUAUAAUAUGAAUUGGAAUGGCAGAGAAGAGCAGAUUAUGCUACUAGCUUGCAUCUUUCUACUGUCAAGACAAAAUGAGAUACAAAUUGACAUGCUGGAUAAAGUACUUAAUAUCAUUCCUUUAGAUAUUGUUUGCCUUAUGGAAACCUGUGUUUUCCCUAAAGACAGAGCCUUAGUGAAUGUACAGAAAUUAGCCUUUUGUGUUCAGUCGAAUGCAGAAGAGAACAUAUUUGCUACUUAGUCCUUUAAGUGGACAUGUUGAUAAGUGUUAAUAAAAAACGGAACAAAUUGUGA